CGAGAACCACAAUGUUUGCUCGCGUAACGUGUAUCUGGAAUUCAUGAAGGACUCUUCUCCAUGCUUCCCCUCUUCAUUCGAUCCCGCAAUCCACCUCCACUCCGAGCUUGACGCGUACGACGCGCCCCACGAAGACGUUUCUUAUUCCGACGAUCUCGAAGCAUUGCACGAUACCUUAAAGGAAACUACUGCGGAAAAGAACAGACAAGGGAUCGUGAUUCAGCAUAGAGCUUGGAAACUCCCUGACGUCUUUCGAAGCGAGGAGAAUUAUAUAAUUGAUAGUCCGCUGAGGGCUCCUAGAACAUUUCUUCCCUCUCUUGUCAACCCGACCACCUCUUCUAGCUAUCCAGCUCCCCCCUCAUCUCCACCAAUAUCCACGAUGCCGAUGAUAUCCUCACCAGUCGCGUAUCCACCGAGCUCUUCGCCGAAGCUCGGAUCGCCGAAGAAGAGGAAAUGGGCUGAUGUUCCACGGAGUCCGUUGAAAGAUGUAGAUUCGAAUUAUUCUACUAAAGCUUUUGGCGGAUUUCUGCAAGCGGAAUCGGAUGAUGAGGAUGAUUUCAACGCAUUUCUGUCGAAGAAACGCGCUAGGACGGUCCUGAAAGAUGUCGUGGCGGACAAUACACCACCAGCAAGCCAAGGAGAAUCUGUUUUGGACCCCGAAACGGUCGCAGUAGAAGACUUGGAUGCAUAUUUCAAGACUCCGUCACCCGUGAAGCAGGCCCAAGAGCCACAAGAUCCAGUUCCGACGACUGAUAGGCGUCCUCUGAUGGCGACAACAGCAGCAGGGCGGUCGAUAUACGUAGGGCAAAAGACCGCCGCUCCACUCAUGUCGUACGAGCAACUCAUCGCAUCUCGCUCCACCGUUGUUGAAGGAAAGGCACAGAGAAGCUACUACGGAAUCGAUAUCCAUCAAUUGAUGGACGAUGCAAUCCAAGAAGAUAUGGAGGCUGCGAAAGCAAGAGAAAAUGAGAGGAACGCGCCAAAAGAGUCCGUUGAGCAGCCACAGGACAUCGUACCACCUGGAAAGAAUAGGAAAACCUUGAUGUGGACCGAGAAAUACCGGGCUCGCAAGUUUACGGAUUUGGUCGGAGACGAGCGUACUCACAGAUCGGUGCUACGCUGGCUGAAGAGCUGGGAUCCUAUAGUGUUUCCUGGCUCCAGUAAAUCAAAGGCGAAAGCUGGCCAGGCUUCUAGCGACGAUGUUGAAGAGCAAAAGCAUCGCAGGAUUCUCAUGUUAACAGGACCACCCGGUCUCGGCAAGACUACCCUAGCUCAUGUUUGCGCCAGACAAGCAGGCUACGAGAUUCAAGAGAUUAACGCUAGUGACGAACGAAGUCACAACGUUGUAAAAGGAAGAAUCCGCGACAUGGUCGGUACCGAGAAUGUCAGAGGUGUCAACACGAAGACUGCUGAUGGCAAGACAAGAAAGGCUGGCAAGCCUGUGUGCGUCGUUGUUGAUGAAGUGGAUGGCGUCGUCGGUGGUAGUGGUGGUUCUGGAGAAGGAGGCUUCAUCAAAGCACUGAUUGACCUCGUCAAUCUAGACCAGAAGAACUCUAGCAUGAUAGGGGUGCAGACGAACGCUCCGAAAAAGAAACGGAAGGGCGAUAAGUUUAGGCUUCUACGUCCGUUGAUAUUGAUCUGCAACGACGUCUAUCAUCCGUCGUUACGACCGUUACGCCAGUCUUCCAUUGCCGAGAUUGUUCAUAUCCGUAAGCCACCGCUAAACAUGGUUAUCUCUCGCAUGCAUUCCAUAUUCGAGAAAGAAGGCAUUCCCUGCGACUCAGAUGGCGUUCGUCGACUUUGCGAGGCUACGUGGGGCGUGAGCACGAAGAAGGAGGGAGGCACAGGAACCGGAACGGGAGAGGGCGAUAUACGUGGUGUCAUGGUAGUGGGUGAAUGGAUUGCCGGCAAACUUCGAUCAUCGCUGAACUCGCAACCUGGCAUCACGAGACUUACGAGGCGAUGGAUCGAGGACAAUGUUUUGGACGGUCUUUCUCACGGAGGUGGCGCAGCCAGAAGCCUUGGGCGCGGUGGAGCGAAAGAGGUUGCAGAAAGGGUGUUUCGUGAAGGAGCAGGAUUUCCCAAGAGCGCUGUCGCUGUUGAGCAGAACAAGGGCUAUAUGGACGGCACAGGGGUAAUUGGUGUGGCAGAAGCAAGCAAGCGACGGGCCAUGGAACGACUUCGAGAGAUGAUUGACACCAGUGGAGAGACUGACAAGAUUGCAAUGGACUGCUUCACUAGCUACCCCAAUCAGCCCUGGCAAGAUGACACCUUCCUCAGUAAACCCAAUGCCGCCUACGAAUGGCUCAGCUUCCACGACACCCUGUCCUCUGCUGUCCACGGCUCCCAAGAAUGGGAACUGGCACCUUACCUCUCCCAAUCCGUCCUCGCAUUCCACCAUCUCUUCGCGUCUUCAGGCCGCGCAGCUCAGAAAAAUUCGGAUCCUUCUGCCGAGGAAAGCCCCUUCACAGGCCCGAGCGCACCAUACACGGCGAAUGAAGUCCAGCGAUCCAACAAAGCCUCUCUCGUCGCCCUCCAAUCAUCCCUCACCCUCCCACUUACACGCAUGUUCCGUUCUCCCGAGGAUCUUGCCACCGACCUUCUCCCUUAUGUUCUUCGUAUGCUCUCUCCAGAUAUCAAGCCUGUUAUUGUCAAUACCGGCUCUACAGCCGACAAAAACCGCAACGUAGCCACCGCGUCUGUCCGCAAGGCUAGCGAGAAGGUUCUCGUCAAGCGUGCUGUGGAUGCCAUGGCAGCUACAGGUGUACGGUUCGAGCGAUCACGCGUCGAAUUCGAUGAUGCUGGUGCCCGCGGAAACUAUGGCGGAUGGGUCUUUCGUAUGGAACCACCCCUAGACGUGCUCGGUCAGUUUGAGACGAUGGGAGGGAAGAGAGACGAGAAGGUCCGAUUCGCGGUCCGACAGGUUCUAGAAAUGGAGUGGAAGCGGGAAAGCAUGAGACUCGAGGGCGAGGCGAGGCGAAAGAGAGGUGGAGGUGAUGAAUUCGAAGAAGUUUUUGAGAAGGUAGGUAAAGAGACUCCGGCGGAGGAGGCAAAGAGGAAGGAAAAGAUGAAAGAGAAGCUGGUCAAGAGGGACUUCUUUGGACGAGCUAUUGUUGCGAAGCCAGUUCCUGCGAAUGGCAUCGUGGAGGCGGUGAAGAGGACUAGGGAAGAGAAGGCGGCGGAUGAGAAGGAGGGGAGGGUGUGGAUCAGUUUCCAUGAGGGGUUCUCGAAUGCGGUCAGGAAGCCUAUCACGAUUGAGGAGCUGAUGAGGGGUUUGUAGAUAUAUGGGUGCGGCAUUUCAGCAUCGUGGCCUCGGCUUUGAAGCGUUUAUGUUAGUUGAUGUCAUGUCAUAGGUUUAAGAGAACUGUUUUUGGUCCUCGAUUUGCAAGACAUUUCCCCACCAGAAAGCGC